AUGGCUCUCAAGCGCAUUAACAAGGAAUUGGCAGAUCUUGGCAGAGACCCACCAUCGUCUUGCAGUGCUGGUCCUGUUGGCGAUGACCUUUUUCACUGGCAGGCUACCAUUAUGGGUCCCAGUGAUAGUCCUUACUCUGGAGGUGUCUUUUUCCUCUCCAUUCAUUUCCCUACAGACUAUCCAUUCAAGCCUCCCAAGGUCAACUUCACUACAAGGAUAUAUCACCCCAAUAUCAACAGUAAUGGAAGCAUUUGUCUAGAUAUUUUAAGAGACCAAUGGUCUCCUGCGUUGACAAUAUCUAAAGGCAAGCAUGCUUUUCUUUUGUCCAUUUGCUCAAUGCUAACUGAUCCUAAUCCUGACGAUCCUCUUGUUCCUGAAAUUGCUCAUGUGUACAAGACUGAUAGGGCCCGAUAUGAAUCCACAGCACGAGAGUGGACUCGCAAAUACGCCAUGUAA